UGCUUGUUCUUCAGGUUAAAAAAAAAAAAAAAAUCAGACGAGAAUAAAGAGAAUUCACUGAAAUGUGAGAAUGGCCAGUUCUUUAAGAGGGGAAGUGUUGAAUCUGUACAAAAAUCUGCUGUACCUUGGAAGGGAGUAUCCCAAAGGAGCAGACUACUUUAGAAGCCGUUUGAAAGCAGCUUUUCUAAAAAAUAAAGAUGUGAAAGAUCCUGAAAAAAUAAAGCAACUAAUUGCACGAGGAGAAUUUGUUAUAAAAGAGUUGGAGGCUUUGUACUUUCUCAGAAAAUACAGAGCUCUGAAACAGCGCUACUACAGUGAUGACAAUCAGUAACUGGUGCUAAUGACUUUGCAUGUAAUGAUACAAAUCCGUAGAAAUAAACAAUAAAAGAGCUGUAACCUCAGAAGAAAUGAAACGUAAAUCCUUCCAACCCAUCUGAAGUACAAAUUGGGACUUUGCUUCCCCUUAAGUAGUCGCUUGAAGGAUUUGGGUUUUGUAUUGUAUGGAUAAUAGGUUUUUCUCAACUACUUUUGACCUCCUUGAACUAAAACUUCAUGUAUGAAACCGAUCUUGCAGGAAGUAGUGGUAAUAUGAUUCUGUUCUGUUUCACUCCAAUGUGCAUGUUCAAUAGAUAGCUGCUCUUACGUUUACCCCAUCCAUAGCCGUGUGUUUGAAUUCCGAUUCGAGGUGCUACGCUUCUCUUGUGACCUAGAAGGUUAAUCUGGUUUUGAAAGUCUACCACGUUUAAUGAUUCAUUUCCACCGUAAAUGAGCAACUUCUCAAAAGUAAAGUAAAUUCUUAAAGACUUUAA